AUGGAAUUCCGCCUUUCAUUCCCAGGAACGAAACAGGGCCAGAAGAGGGAGAGAAAACCAACCGAGACAGGACAGAGGCCAAGUGGCCGCCAGAAUUCCGGCCUCCCCGGCGCAGACUGACGUACACGAGAGCAGGGGAGGAGAACCCGCGUUCUGAGCCCCGGCGGGACCUCUCGGGUUCGGCCCCGCGCGCACCCCGGAGGAUCAACUAAAACAUCAUCAAAGGGUGAUGAUGAUCUUGAUGGCCUAAUUAAUGAAAUCUUCGAAGAGCCCUGUUUUCAUAGAAAUCCUGUUAAAUUAAAAUCUAAAUCUUCAAAUAACACAUCUGUCAGAACUUCUAUUCAAAUGCUUGGCAAAAGAUGCAGUCCAGUAUACCUUGGAGGAAGCUCUGCUCCAUGUGGUAUAGGAACAAACACUUCCCAGAGAACAUGUGACCAGUUGCGCUGUACAGCCUGUGAUUUCCGAGUAUUAAGCUUUGAUGACUACAUGUGGGAUAAAUCCUGUGAUUAUCUGUUUUUCAGGAAUAACAUGCCUGAAUUCAGCAAGUUGAAAGCAAAGAUGAUAAAGCAGAAAGGCACACGAGCCUAUGCUUGCCAGUGUAGCUGGAGAGAUGUCAAAGAACUCACUGACCUCCGGACUGAUCAGCAACUUCGAUGGGUUUGUGGUAAACAUCUCGAGUGAAGUUUUCUCACCUCAGGCCUUUUGUUAGUAUGGAAAGGCCAGCUUUUAUCUGAACAGACUCUGGAAU